AUGGUCGCGAGUUUCAUGGCUAUCGAACUGGGCGGUGGAGGUGGCGAAACGCUCAUCUAUUUCGCGUUUGUCACUUUUCAACUCAAGUCCAAGCGCUGGCCCAACUGUGUGACGAAUUUCUGCUAG